GCAAGCAGACAGUUGCGAACAAAUUUGUUCAUCUUACAGCAAGGGACCAUUUCAUAUUUUCAAUUUGAAAACUGCCAGUGUAGAAACAUGUCUGGACGCGGAAAAGGAGGAAAAGCUAAGGCCAAGGCAAGGUCGAGAACAUCCAGAGCUGGUCUUCAGUUCCCAGUCGGACGUAUCCACAGAUUGUUGAGAAAGGGAAACUAUGCUGAACGAGUUGGAUCGGGGGCUCCCGUCUAUCUUGCAGCCGUACUCGAGUAUCUUUCGGCAGAAAUCUUGGAGUUGGCUGGCAAUGCCGCCAGGGACAACAAAAAGUCAAGAAUCAUCCCUCGACACUUGCAGCUUGCAAUUAGAAACGACGAGGAGCUGAACAAAUUGCUGAGUGGAGUGACCAUUGCUCAAGGUGGUGUCCUGCCCAACAUUCAGGCAGUACUCUUACCAAAGAAGACCGAGCAGAAAGCUCCAAAAUCAUAAAGCUUCGGCUCACUUGUUGGCCCGGCCCACUUGUUCAUAAAAAACGGUUUUUUUAAAAACCACCACGAAAACUGAUUUGGUGUACCUGCUUGUCACACGCACGAUAGGCACAUUCUGUGUAGAGGCUAUCGAUGUACACAUAUCUAUCUAAUUACAUUUUGUGAAAAAGGCAAUCGAUUUACACACAUCUAAUAGCUUAUUAGGAUUGUAGGCUAUAUUCGAUUGGGAGUAGGUAGUGUUUGGCUGACCUUCGAUGUUUUCAUGUUGCUUCUCGAGGGCUGUGCACCAUU